AAGCCGGCCUGAUAAUAUAUAAAUACAGAGCUAAAGAUGCUUCUUUCCUUUCUGUGGAGCGGCGCCCUUUAUGGAUUAUAAUCUGGCCAAUCAAAUCCUGCCCGGUUACAAACUACAGAGGAUCAAAAGGAACCUUUAAAUUUUAGGACAAGCAAUCCCAGUAUUAGGAAACAUGGUGGGACUUAAACCCUCAGAUGUUCCCCCUCCACUGGGGGUGAAGAUGGCAAGUGCUGGCGCUGCAGCCUGUAUAGCUGACCUUGUCACAUUUCCUCUGGACACAGCCAAAGUCAGACUACAGAUUCAGGGAGAGAAGACGGCAGUGGGAGGAAUCCGCUACAAAGGAGUGUUUGGGACAAUCACCACCAUGAUCCGAACAGAGGGGCCCAGGUCUCUGUACAACGGGCUGGUGGCGGGGCUGCAGAGACAAUUGUGCUUCGCCUCCAUCAGAAUCGGCCUCUACGACAAUGUCAAAAAUUUCUACACUGGUGGCACAGACAAUCCCGGUGUGCUGGUGCGUAUCCUCGCUGGCUGCACUACAGGCGCCAUGGCGGUGUCUUUUGCACAACCCACUGAUGUGGUCAAGGUUCGAUUCCAAGCCCAGAUGAACCUGGAUGGUGUGGCGCGUCGUUACAGUGGCACCAUGCAGGCCUACAAACACAUCUUCCAGAAUGAGGGUCUACGUGGACUCUGGAAAGGCACACUACCCAACAUCACAAGAAAUGCACUUGUCAACUGCACAGAGCUGGUAACAUAUGAUCUGAUCAAAGAGGCCAUCUUGAAACGCAACCUGAUGUCAGACAAUCUGCCAUGCCACUUUGUAUCUGCGUUUGGUGCCGGCUUUGUCACCACGGUGAUCGCUUCCCCGGUAGAUGUGGUGAAAACUAGAUACAUGAACUCACCACCAGGCCAGUACAAGAGUGCUAUAAACUGUGCCUGGACCAUGAUGACUAAAGAGGGGCCGACGGCUUUCUACAAAGGAUUUGUUCCCUCGUUUUUGAGGCUUGGAUCUUGGAACGUUGUGAUGUUUGUCUCAUUCGAACAAAUCAAGAGAGCCAUGAUGGUCACGAAGAAGAGGAUUGAGGACAGAAAUUGAGAAAUUUGACUGAAAAAUCUGAACCACCACUGGAUGAAGAAAUAUCAAUUUACAUUUACAUUUAGCAGACGCUUUUAUCCAAAGCGACUUACAGGAAGAAUAAAAGCAAACAAUGAAGGUAUAGUGCAAAAAGAGCUAUUAGUGCAUCAAUAAGUGCUAGUGACAAUUCUUUAAGGAGUAGAAUUCAAUUCUUCAGGAGUUUUAUUCCUUUGUCCUGUGGUGGCACAGAAGAAAAUCCUUUGUUGAAAAAGGAAUAUAGGACUUUAUGUUGAACUGAUGUAUAAAAGAAAUGCAGUUCUUUUUAUUUAUCAUUUUUCAUAAUGCACCCAUUUGAAAUUCAAUGGGAGUAAAUUGUGCCAACACUAGAUAGUUUUCUCCCUCCUUUAACAAGUUGAGUUUGCACUUUGAGAUCUGUAAAUCUUAAUCUGCCAAUUAUACAUUUUCAGGCAGCUUACACCAGUGUACCUUCAAGUAAUACAGGUGCUUGUAAUAAAAUGUCAAACAAGUUAAUGUGAACUCUAAAUAUAUUUGACUUGUUUUA